UCAUUUAUAAAUAUGCCUCUACAACAGACAAUAAUAUUUUAUUGGGAGAUUAACCUUAAAGGCAGGAGAAACUGUAUGAAUACAAAUGUUUGUACCAGACAAAACAGCAGAGAGCAUUUUUCAUUCCACUGUCCUCAGUCCAGAGUGCAUUGCUUAUGAAAUGCUGAUUUGCUUUGUGAUGACAGGCAGAUUAAGGCAGCAACAAUGCACUUUCAGAUCUUUGACUCACGCCUGCAAUAGUUGAGAAGUACAGCUGCGGUAAAUAUUACACGUAGAAAUAUCCCCUAGCAUUAUCAGCUUUUGCCAUGGCUCUCCACUCUGGUGAACAGCCUGCAGAUAUCGUACAGGAGAUGCUGGAGCUGACCUCUCAGAAUCUGACCCGACUGGAAGUCAAGCAACAUUACAAAGUAAUCAAAGAGCUUGGCAGAGGAAAAUAUGGUCAGGUGUUGCUUGUACUGCACCGAAUAAGAGGUACACCAAUGGCCUUGAAGUUAAUGGAGAAGGACAAAACCAAGUUGGGGAACUUUCUUUAUGAAUACUGUGCUGCACUUUAUCUUUCAUCUCAUCCCAAUGUUAUUGGCAUGUUUGGAAUUGUCUUUGAAACUCCAAAUCAUUAUGGAUUUGCUUAUGAGUGCGCACUGAAUAAGGACUUACACUCUGUCAUUCAGCCAAGGGUUGGAGUUCCUGAACCAGCAGUUAAGCGGUGUGCUCAACAGAUCUGUUCAGCGCUAGAAUUCAUACACAGCAAAGGAUUUGUAUACAGAGAUGUCAAACCAGAAAACAUACUCAUAUUUGACAGAGAAUGUCGCAAAGUAAAGCUGACAGAUUUUGGACUUACUAGGCCCAAGGGAACUCUCCUAAAACUUGUAUCAGUCAUUUUACCUUACACGGCACCAGAACUUGGGGAGCUAAAAGAUUCUGCUGGGCUUCCCAUUGAUUACAACCUGGAUGUUUGGGCAUUCGGCGUACUUCUUUUUAGUAUACUUACUGGCUUUUUCCCUUGGCAGCAUGCUCUUCCUUCAGAUUCCUUUUAUGAAGAUUUUGUCAUUUGGCAGGAAUCACAGAGUUCUGAUGACCUCCCCUUUCACUGGUCAAGAUUCACAAAAGAAGCUCUUAUGAUGUUUGGAAAACUAUUAGCAAUUGACCCAGUGAAUCGAAGUCCAAUCACAGAAGUGUUAAAGUACCUGGAUACCCCAUGGAAAUUAGAGAACUGGGAUGAAGUGACUGAGGUGAAGAACCCAGAAAGUUUGGCCAGUAUGGUAGAGGCCGAUACAACAGAGCUUGAGAAACGCACAUGAAAAAAAAGUCAAGUUUGUUUUCUACAAACUUUAAAUUUUUUUAAAUUUGUGUUCAGUGGCAUAGGCAUUUUAAAAUAACAGAAAAAUUAAUUAAAUAUGAUACACAGAAUUACUAGAAAGACACAAAAGCAGUAAAUGUUUCAUGAUGAAAAAAGUCUAAUUCACCAAAGUGUUUCCUGAAGGCAUAGACAGACGACAUUUUGAAAAGCACUUGAAAACAACAGCAUAAAAUGAAAUAUUAUAAAUUAUGUUCAUAGCAGUACUAAGAAAACCUGAAAAAUGAAUUUAAAUCUGACACAAUGCAAUAUGCACAGAGUUUAGGAUAGCCAGUCAGUGAACAUGUUGUUGAGAAGUAGGAGGAAGCAGGAAAACAAAAGAAAAAAUGCAAACCCAGAACUAACAUGAAAACAUCACAUAAACAGGGAUUGGUGGUCAGGGCUGUGAGUAAAGGAUCCUAAUCACCUCUCCAUUUCCUUUAUACACUAUAACACAACACCAUCAUUUAGAGAAUCAGAAUCCACUCGGUUUAAUUUCUCCAAGUUCUUAGGAAUUCUAAUACAUGAUGGGAAUGGACCCCAUUCCUAAGUCAGGGUAGGAUUAUAGUUCAUGAAAUUUGUGCUGUUUCAGACUUUCAAGUUAGCCAAGAGUGCUUUUUUCCUCACCUGCAAUGUGCCAGAAUUGUCUCCUUCUGCAACUCAUAUGGGGUAUAUGCAUUGGUAGCAUAUCUUAGUACGAGUGUAAUUUUUUUAGACCCAUUAUUCCUACUACUAUUGGAACUGUUUGAG